UUGGCUGCGUCUCGGGGACGCUCCCACUUAAAUUUCCUCAAAAAUCCGAAAAAAAUCAUUUAAAAGUCAAAAAACUGAAUUCCAACGAACUCAAAAGAGUUAGAGAAUCUUUCCGAAACGCUUUUCAGAGGCUAAGAGCGAGCAAAAUGCCCCGAAAAUGAUCAAAAUUAAGUAGGCGACAGGUCACGUGACCUGCGAGGACCAAUCAGAGAGCGGGAAGUUGUAAAAGAUUUUUCGCCAUUUGAUGCGAACCGUUGAACGGGUAGCCAUUGCCGUGAAAGCGAACUAGAGCAAGUUCAUUUUCGAUCGUGAAAUAUUAUGAAAUAUUCGCAUCAUCCGCCGUCAUCUUCAAGACAGGGUUGAUAGAUAAUGGAUGUAAUUGCUGGUUAUGUGUUGAGUCGGCUCCAAGCUGCGGAUUUGGUUCUGUGCUAAAUUUUUAGUGUCAUGUUUUUAGACAUGGUGCAGACAAUGAAUCCUCACAUCGACCAGAGCAACACUGUGAGUAGAAGAGCGCUGAGCACGGCUCAGUAAGCUCAUCUGUUGUGAGCAGCGCCAGCAGUGAUAUGCCAUCACCUGCUAAUAAGAUGACCGGCAAUAACACAUCCAACUCAACCAACGCUCCGUCUCAGCCAACCUCUAACGCAGCAGGUUCUGAGAGGCUUUCUUCUCCACCGGCACAAGCGUCAGCAGUAGCCAGCAUGGCAACGUCCGCAGCUGGAGGGCUGUCCAACAUGGCCAACUCCGGCUCGGGAGGUAACCAACUGGGUGGUGCUUCAUCGGCCUCGGCUGACCCUUCAUUGGAGCCCAUCAAUGGUAUUGUCAACCCUCCUUACAUGCCACCUCCGGACAGACCUGGCAGAAUCACCAACCAGCUUCAGUAUUUACUGAAAAACGUCAUGAAGGCUAUGUGGCAACAUCGAUAUGCAUGGCCAUUUCAGCAACCUGUAGACGCCAAGAAGCUCAAUUUACCAGACUACUACAAAAUCAUCAAAGUACCUAUGGAUAUGGGUACUGUUAAGAAGAGACUUGAAAAUAACUAUUACUAUAGUGCCAAGGACUGCAUCAAUGACAUGAACACAAUGUUUACCAAUUGUUAUGUGUACAACAAGCCUACGGAGGAUGUGGUCCUCAUGGCCAAGACUCUUGAGAAAGUGUUCCUCGGCAAGGUCAGUCAAAUGCCAAAGGAUGAAGUGGAGCUCGAGGUGCCAUCUUCGAAGAACAUCAAAAAGCCAAAGCCACCAAAACCCCCAGGCGCGCCAGGUAUUGGCCGAGGUAGGCCAAGCAGUGUGUCUUCAACUUCGGUGGCCAACAAUGGCCCUGUUGCUGGCAUUCCUCCCAGUGCAGCUCCCCAUCUUCCUCCACAAGCCCCUGGCCCAAUGGCCCCAGCAAUGACCUCGUUGCCUCAUGGUCACAAUUCGAUGCCUCCGCAAGUGCACUCUCAUGUGCCUGGUCCUGCGGCAGGCAUUCAAAUGCCCCAACCCUCACUCUUGCCCCCUGGCCAGGCCAAGGCAAAGAAAAGUCUGAAGAGAAAGGCCGACACCACAACACCACCUGGCUAUGAUAUGUACAAACCGAGUAGUGCUGCCCAGAUGCCCAUCGCACCAGGACCUGACGCCAAAUCUGCAAAGAUUGGGCCCAGACGAGAGAGUGGAAGGCAAAUAAAAAAGGUCGUGAAAGAUUUGCCUGAGUCGCAGUCUGUGGGUGAUGGCAGCACCAUGCCUAUAGGUGUAGCUGCUAUGCAAAUGGGCCAGCAGGUAGGCCAUGUAGGCAAAGGGAGGGACAGACUAACAGAGUCUCUCAAGGCAUGUAAUGAUAUUCUCAAAGAGCUGUUUUCCAAGAAGCAUUCUGCUCAUGCUUGGCCAUUCUAUAAACCUGUUGAUGCUGAACUUCUUGGUCUUCAUGAUUACCAUGACAUCAUAAAAAAGCCCAUGGAUCUUGGCACUGUCAAACAAAAAAUGGAUAAUAGGGAAUACAGGAGUGCAGCAGAGUUUGCUGCUGAUGUUAGGCUCAUAUUUACCAAUUGCUACAAGUACAAUCCACCCGAUCAUGAUGUUGUAACUAUGGCUAGGAAGCUUCAGGACGUGUUUGAUGCAAAUUUUCUUAGAUUAUCCAAGAUCCCCGAUGACCCCACGGGGGACGUCGUCCUGCAUGGAGAUACUUCGGGUAGUGCGGGAUUGUCCCCAGGGUCUUCGGAAAGUGAAGAGGAAGAUAGUGAGGACUCUGAACAAGAACGCCAAGCUAAGCUAUUGCUUCUCCAAGACCAACUCAAAAAGAUGCAAGAAGAAAUGAGAAAGCUUGUUGAAGAGGGCGGAAAGAAGACCAAGAAGAAAAAAGAAAAGAAAAAGCCCAGCCUUGGAGCACCAGGACCAUCUAGCAAAGUCAAAGUUGAAGAUAAAGCCAAAAGUGGUGCGCAUCAUUACGAACUUCCCCCUGACGUCAAGCACCCUGUUGGCGCCUUCAGCACUUCAACGCCCAAACCGAAAGCCAAAGGCAAGGCUGGCAGAGGUGCUGGGGGAGUUGCAGCAGCUGCUAUUGGAGUUGUCCCUGGCGCACCUGGUGCUCCUCCUGUAAAACCAAGAGGGAAGCCAGGCCCCAAACCUGGUCCACGAAAAAAGAAUCCUGCCGCAAACGUUGCAGUUCCUCCACCGCCAUACGCAGAUUCCGAGGAUGAGGACAAUGCUAAGCCAAUGUCUUAUGACGAGAAACGGCAACUCAGCUUAGACAUUAACAAAUUACCUGGUGACAAACUUGGUAGAGUGGUACAUAUAAUUCAGUCCAGGGAGCCCUCCCUAAGGGAUUCCAAUCCCGACGAAAUCGAGAUAGAUUUUGAGACACUCAAGCCCUCAACACUUAGAGAACUCGAAUCAUAUGUUGCCUCAUGUUUAAGAAAAAAGCCUCGGAAACCUUACUCUAUGACGGGGCGCAGAGCGAAUGCAGCUGCAGCCAAAGGACGGGCGUCCACUGACGAUAAAAAAGCAGGUGGAAAGUCAAAGGAUGAACAGAUGCAAGAAAAGAAACAGGAAUUGGAGAAAAGACUGCAAGAUGUGUCUGGCCAGCUUGGAAACGCCAAGAAAGCACCCAAGAAAGAUGGCAAGGGCAUGGAAGCAGGUCUUGGUGGUCAGCCAGGACAAGCAACUAGCCGACUCUCUGCCAGUUCUUCAAGUAGUUCAGACUCCGACUCUUCCAGUUCCAGCCUUUCGUCGAGUUCGUCAGAUUCAUCUGAGAGCGACGCAGAGCGCAGUUCGAAGCCUGCCAAGAAGAAGAGCAAGAAGGGCGGCCACGGCGGGGUCACGGUCCCCGCGCCCCCGAUGGUGCCGGCCGCCAUGGCCUCGGCGACAACGCCGGCGGCGGCUGCGUCGAUGGUUCCGCCGAACGCAGGCAAGCCUGAGGCAAACCACCUCCACUACAUGCAAGGACUGAAUGCGAGCAGCAAAAAGCCCCCUCCGGUUGUGACCCACACCACCCUCCCUCAGCAGCCAGCGCGGCCGUCCUCGACGGCCACGGCCGCACCAGUCAGAAAGCAUUCGGCCGCCCAAGCGAUGCCCAUGCAGCAGCAGCCGCCACCCCACCUCGCCAACAACAUGAUGCCCCAGCAGAUGAAUGCGCCCCAACCCUUGAUUUCCCCACCACCCCCUCAGCAGCAACCACCUCAGCAGAUGCCACCGCAAAACCAGUUCAAGCCACUUCAAAAUCUACCUCCCAAUUUGCUGGACGCCUGUGCUGUUGACCCUCUUGCCGUCCUGUCAGAAGCGCCGACGUUGCCAAUGUCAUCUGCCAGUCACAUACCCGACAUUGACAUGAAACCCCUUCUUGGUGUUCCUUCCAUGGACCCAACUAUGGGCCUGAUGCAGUCGAUGAAACCUGACUCGCCUCCCACGAACGGAACAAGGAACAGCAUGGGCAUGCCCAUGGGAAUGUCCUCGUCCAACAUGGCCAUGCACCAGCAGCAACCUAUGAAAAGGGAAUCUGUGGACGACCCAAGUCACUGGCUGAUGAACAAUAGCAUGGUCGAAAAACAGAACACCCCUCCCGAGGCUGCCAAAUCGUCUGCUGCCAACUUUGCGCAGGCUUUUGUUAAGCAGCAACAAGCAGUGUCACCUGCGCCAAUCAAGAAUGCAAUUUCAUGGUCGUCGCUGGCUGCAGGUGCAAAUCCCAACAUGAUCCAGACCGCACCUGGUCCGAUGCCAAUGGUAGCAGGACCUGCCGCCCGAGGCCCUGCGCCUCUUGUCCAGCCGCCGAUGGUGUCGAUGACGAACGCGUCCAUUUCACCUAAAAGUGCGAGUGCCAGCCAAGUUUCCGCUGCUGCACUGAGCGGAAUUGGCCCGACCAAGACGGCCAGCUCAGAGUUCCAGAAGUUCAAGAACAAGGCCAAGGAAAAGAUGGACAAGGAGCGCCAAUUCCAGGAGAUGCAGGAGAUAAAGAAGCAGCAAAACGAGCAAGUCAAACGAGAAAGGAUUCGAAUGGAAAACGAGAAGAGGCGCGAGAAGGAGGAGGAGGAAGCACUUGAAAAGGCCAGGAAAGCAAUGUCGGAAGCGACCAAGAGAGAAGAACCGCCGAGUCUGCCAACGCUCAAUCCCAGUUCUGGAAGUUCUGCAGGCGCCUCCCCUCUGCCUAGCCUGAGCAAUGAGUCAGGAACCAGUCCUGGCGCUGAUCGAGCUGCCGCCGAAAGGGAGAGACAACGGCUCAGGGAGCAAGAGAGACGAAGGCGGGAAGCGAUGGCAGGACAAAUUGACAUGAAUAGGCAAAGUGAUUUAAUGGCAGCUUUCGAAGAGACACUGUAAAAUGGACAUCCCGAUUGCGUUCAGUCAGUUCAGUAAUUUAUAAGAUAGAAAAUCAGACCCAUGGCAAUCUUGCCAGCUCACGAUUGAGCGCGGCACAGACACAGCAAGCAUUUUUGUACCAUGAUAUAUUCAGGAAAAAACGCCGCAUCCACGAUUGUAAUAGACAGGAACCUCUGGUUAGCCUAUCUAGCGUUUAAGAGCUACUUCUUUCUAUCAAGACCAUUCACUAACUCGAGCAAAGGGGAAAUCCCUUAAGAGUAAGUUAUCGUUUAGUUGUUGACUUUAUUUAAACCCCAACCAACAAUUCUGGUGCAAAACCAAAAGCAAGACAUUCUAAACAAAUCUAGAAGGAGAAUGACGAAAUUAAAUGAGGGCACUUCUUUUGUGCUGAAGAAGGGUGUUUCGUAAAACAGAACUGUAUAGCACACACUGAAAUGGUGAUAUUUGUCAAAUAAUAAUGAUAAUGGAUGAUUAUAAUUUUCUUUUUUACAACAUUAAUAUAAAAUACGAGAGAGUUGAGAGCAUGUGCAGUUUCCUUUGUGAUUCUUUCUUGUUACAAGUGUAAGAAUAAUUAGAGAAGGUAUGUUGUUUACUACCACAAAAAAACGAGCAAGAAACCUCUGUGUGUACACUAUUACUGAGUAAUUAUUUAAUUCACAUGUUGAUCAUUGAUGUAUAUAUUUUACCAUAAUUUUUGUUUUGCUAUUUAAUUUUGACGAUAAUGGCUGCGCGCAGAAAGCGUUAUAUCCAUGAGAGUCAUCUUAAUUUAUCUCACGCUGAAAAAGAAUGUGGGGGCACUACAAACGUGGCCAGAGCGCACACAAAGCAGUUGCCCCUGGUUAUUAUUUUUGUUUAUGAUGAAGAGUUAAUUGAAUAAUAAUUAAAAAUGGCGAGCGUCCAUUCAAGCACA